ACUUAUCCUUUUGGGCCUUUUCAUACCUCACUGGGGUCUAUCUUUCACACUGAGUUCGAACUCAAAAGCGAUUGGACAGUUGAAAAGGUUCCCUCGUAAGAUAUGGUUUCUAACAAAAACAACAUUUUUUGCUAAGAAAAUGAUUUCUUAUUUGAAGCAAUAAUCUUUUUAAUAAAAAAGAAUUGUAAAAGAAAUUUCUUGCAAAAAAAUCAAACUCAAAAUUUUCAAUAGCUGAUUGCAGAUUCGGAUUUCUUGAUUCUAAUUACCUAUGGUUCCAAUUCACUAGUGAAAUCUAAGUCAAAUCUAGUCAAAUUCAAACCCAAAUCCAGUCGAAUCUCACGUUUGGAUUUGACAGGACUUGGGUAUGAUGCACCUCUAGCAGCUACUGUUCUUGAGUCAUGGAAAAGUAGCUCUUUAUUCAUUCAUUGUCGAGCUUGAUCAAGUUCAAGCUUUUGGUGUUUGAGCUCGAUCGAAUUCGAGUAUGUAUAUUCGAGUUCGAACUCAAUCGAGCUUCGAGCUCGAAUCGGGACUCCAAGUCGAGCCCGAUAUAUUCGAGCUCAAACAGUUUGGAUUUGGUGCAUGUCUAAUCUUAAAUCAUUUUUAUUAUCUUUAAAAAAGAAUCUUUUUAACCAUUGUAAAAUGUUUUAAUACUUGUUCAAAUAAUUAUUCAAUUUUUUUAAAAAUUAUUCAUCUUUUUAACUUUCAGGAAAUUGAUGAUAGAUAAAUAUAUUCUUCAUAACAUUUAUCGAUGCAAUGAAAUUUUAGGACCGCACAAGCAACGAUGAUUUAUUCCAUGACGAAACUUCGAUUAAUCAAAUCUCACAUAAAUCUAUAUCUCAAUUGACGACUAUACUAAAAUUCGUUCAAUCUCUGAUUGAACCGAUCAUUUUAGAGCGAAUUUUACAUUUGCCAACAUCAAUCGAUCUAUGAAUAGGAGCAUUUAUGAAUGAGAAUCUAUUGAAUAUUACAACUCAUGUAUUAAUCAAUGAAGUUUGUUAUUUGAGAUAAAUUAUUUGAAUUGGUUUGACUUUAUUUUUAUUGGUAUUUUAAAAUCCUGUUGUGGGUAAAUGUACAAAAUGUGGUGGUUCAUGAAAAGAGCAUCACUGUAUAACAUAUGAAUAUGAAACUAAUGUUCGCCGUCUUAACAAUCUAUGCUCAUCAAGUGAUAUUGAUAAAGGAAUUAGUGAUUUAGAAGAUGAAAAAGCCAAAAUAGAAGAUAAUUAUACAAAAAACUUUCAAAAGUUUUUCAUGUAAAUGCAAUUAUUCCAAUAAAUGACGAUAUGUUAAAAUAUAUUAGAGUUUUUAUAGAAGAACAAAUGAAAAAAAAAAAUUUUGGUUGUGAAAAUAAUGAUAUUAUUCAAAAUCUUGAACAAAUGAUAAAAGAUUAUACGAAAGAAAUAGAUUUAUUUAAACAAACAGUAAAAAAAUGAAAAAGACGCACUCAAACCUAAAAUUAUAUUUCCUUUAGUUGGAAGUGUUUAUCGAUUACCCAUUAAUGGAAAAAAAAUUCGUGAACAAGUCAAUGCGUUAAAAAUAAGUCAAACUGAUAUUUCAUUAGAACGAGAAGUUUUUGAUGAACUAUCAGCUAAAGCUAAUUCAUCAACAAUAAUGCAUCAAUUCAAAUCUAUUAUUUCCAACAAAUAA